UAUUUCACACGAGGCAUAGCGUUUGAGGAUUACUAUUGUUAUUUAAACGUGAUAUCGUGGCAUCACCCACGGAUAACGAGCCCACGGAGUAUUUCCCUGCAUGGUUUGGUGGCGGCUCUGGAUUCGGAGGAAGUCAACCAUGCAGUCGCGUAAUCUGACACAUUCUGCCCCACUCUGAUGCGGCUGUUCGCUUUCAUGUCCAAUCCACGUACUUUUCGGUAUUUUGAUGUUUAAAAGGACCGGGGCUCGCUUCGUUUGCCUUCCCAUACGGCCGUAAACCCUACCAUGAGGAGUACAAGCGGUGCACUUUAGUCGCACAGGAGAGAAUCAUUCUUACCGUACCGUUUUAUCCUCGUUAUUUUUUUUAUUGUUUAGGAGGAAGAAUUGAGCCCGCCCGAUUGAUCGUUGUUUCCCACCUCUAACGCUUUCGGAGUUGAAUUAUCAACUUGGCAAUCGCUGAAGUUCGCGAGGAGCAGAGAAGACCGCGUUGGAUUCCGUCCUCGCGCGCUCGGGACCCACUGAAAGACUGUGACCCUAACCGAGGUUCAGACGUGCUGUCGCUUUAUUUAUUCUUGCCGUUUUUUUGGGUGGGCAAACUAGACCCAAAGCGCCGUUAAUCUCUUUGGAAAAUGCUUCUAAAUUGCCACUGGUGAGUGUCGGGGUGCUGCAGGGUGCCCGUGACGCAACGUCCAUCCCCACCACCACAGACUGGGUGAGGAGGAAGAGGGAUAUAAGGGUGCUUGGGUAUAGGCGUAGAAGGGCGUGAACUCUCUACUCAGUAACCUCCUUCCCAUUAAAACCCACCAGCCCAGUAUUUGUCGUGCACACAUCUGUUCCCCCUUGGUAAAGUCAUUCCGUCGCCGCCAUGGACCUCAAAACGGAGCCGGAAGAAAUGGAGUACAAGCAGCCGGUUCCCAUUGAAGUUUUCGCCAGCAGGUCCACGCUGCACGGGAUCUCGCACAUGUUCACUUAUGAGCGGAUGUGCGUGAAGCGCAGCCUUUGGAUUCUAUUCUUCUUGGGCUCCCUGGGAUUGCUGGUGCUCGUGUGCGUGGACCGCGUGCAGUUCUACUUCCAGUACCCCCACGUCACCAAGCUGGACGAGGUGUCGGCGCCGAUGAUGGACUUCCCGGCCAUCACUUUCUGCAACCUCAACUCCUUCCGCUUCAGCCGCGUGACGCGCAACGACCUGUACCACGCCGGGGAGCUGCUUGCCUUGCUCAACGGCAGGUACGAGAUCCGCGACACCCACCUGGUCGAAGAGAACGUGCUGCAGGUGCUGAAGGAGAAGGCGGACUUCGACAGCUACAAGCCGCGGCCGUUCAACAUGCGCGAGUUCUACGACCGCACGGGCCACGACAUCAAGGACAUGCUCCUGGCCUGCCACUACCGGGGCUCCGAGUGCAGCGCCGAGGACUUCACAGUGAUAUUCACCCGCUACGGGAAAUGCUACACCUUCAAUUCGGGCCAGGAUGGCCGCCCUCUAAUGGUGACGAUGAAGGGUGGAAUGGGCAAUGGCUUGGAGCUGAUGCUUGACAUUCAACAGGAUGAGUAUCUGCCAGUGUGGGGAGAGACCGACGAAACAUCAUUCGAGGCCGGUAUCAAAGUUCAGAUCCACACCCAGGAUGAGCCUCCUUUCAUUGACCAGCUGGGCUUCGGGGUGGCGCCCGGCUUCCAGACCUUCGUCUCCUGUCAGGAACAACGACUGACCUACCUGCCCCCACCCUGGGGGGACUGCAAGGCCUCUGCCAUGGACUCAGACUUCUUCAACACCUACAGCCUCACGGCCUGCCGCAUAGACUGUGAAACGCGUUACCUGGUGGAGAACUGCAACUGCAGGAUGGUUCAUAUGCCCGGAGAUGCCCCCUACUGCACCCCAGAGCAGUACAAGGAGUGUGCUGACCCAGCCCUGGACUUCCUAGUGGAACGGGACAAUGAUUACUGCGUUUGUGAGACGCCAUGCAACAUGACGCGCUACGGUAAAGAGAUGUCGUUUGUCAAGAUCCCGAGCAAGGCAUCAGCCAAGUACCUCGCCAAGAAAUACAACAAGACCGAGCAGUACAUUGCUGACAACAUCCUGGUUCUGGAUAUCUUCUUCGAGGCUCUGAACUAUGAAACCAUCGAACAGAAGAAGGCGUACGAGCUGGCAGGGCUGCUGGGUGACAUUGGGGGUCAAAUGGGCCUUUUCAUCGGGGCCAGCAUCCUCACCAUCCUGGAGCUCUUUGACUAUCUGUAUGAGGUGAUCAAGUACAAGCUGUGCCACUGCUCGAAGAAGAAGCACAAGCGGAGCAGCAACAACGACCGGGGAGCCGUGUUGAGCCUGGAUGACGUCAAGCACCAUGCUCCGUGUGAGAACCUGCGUACGCCGUCCACGUAUCCCGCCAACAUGCUACCUCACCACCCUGGCCAGGGCAACUUUGAAGACUUCACAUGUUGAGUGCAGCGCCUGGGCGCUCAGGGAACGAGGACUGGCAUCGUGUCGUCCAAAGCCAGAAACACAGAAUAACAGAACAGACUUUAAAGUCUUGAACAAGGGAGGCCAAGAUAAAUGAUACGAAACCAUAUUCAGAAAAACACAGACUUUUUUUUUUCAAAGAACUAAACAAACAAAAAAAGGAAUUCAAAUAAAAAAACUUUUUUCUUUUUUAAACAGAGGCUUGAAAGGGGGGGAGGACAUAAUUGCGACCUGACGUAGAUAUCUAUCGCGUCUCCCCGAAAAAACGCAGUAGGAGACAGUGUGUCGUUUGGCAGCACCCCCCCCCCCCCCCCACCCGUGGAUGUGACAUACUGCCGAUCACAGAGAAAAGUAUGUCAGAACACGGACACCCGUUUCCCACGGCAGACGUCGGGCGGUGCAGUUUACCGCCGCUCCGCCGCAGAAGACAGCUGAUGAAGAGCCACAUGCCUUUGUAUCCCCCUGACUGUUGACAGCAGCACCACCACCCCCCCCUCUGACUCCGUUAGAGAGUCAGAGGGGGGGGUGGGGAAGGGGGGGUGGGGGUGUAUCUAAAAAAUACAAAACAAAGCAAAAUUGCUUAUUCCAUUGUACGUAUGUAGCAAGAUGAGAGCCUGCGGCAAUUGUAGGAAGAAGAUUAAUUAAACACGGUGGACACGGUGUAGUGGGCGGCACUUAGCUCAUGAAUGUAUCUUUGUCCGUGAUUACAAGGUUCAGAUCAAAGCAUGAAGGGGGGACUAGCUGUUACCGUGUUUGGGGGGCUGACAGGUUUUGGUUUAGGACUGCAGUGGUGGUCAUAGACACAUCCUCCACCGUUGAAUUCGAAACAUAUGCUGGUGGAUAUAUCAGGUCUCAUCUUGUAAAUGCAUGCUUGUAUUCGUCCUGUGCAUGCAUUUCAUUGUUUUAUUAUUUUUUAUGUUUUUAUAGAUAUAAAUAUAUACAUUUGCCAAAUUUGCCUAAGUGAUAAACCGCAACAGGAAGAUGGUUUUGUGUGUGGGUGUGUGAGUGCGUGUAUGCCUGUGCGCAAGCACUUGUGUGUUAACACACACGUGUGUGUUUGUGCGUGUGUGUCUUGUGUAGUGAUUAGUGAAUCACGUAGCCACAUGCUCUUUGGUUUUAUAUGUUUAUUUUGAUUACAGAAAAACAAGCAGCAAUCUAUUUCAAUCUAGUCUUUUCAAUUCACCAUUCAAUGUUUGCCCAGUGAGCCAGAAAACGUGUGAGAGACUUCCUCUGCCCAACUUCAUUUCCUGGUAUCUCCGCUCUUGGGAUAGGCUGAGAUUGCCACGCUCACUGGAUUGGUCUAUUCCUUGGAGUACUGUUGGCCUGUUAAAAGUUCUUUAUCUGUGUGUUCUAGUUGCAAACGUCUUAUCAAAGCACAAUACCGCCAAUAUGUAGAGGUAAUGUAAAAGAAAUGUACUCUUCUUAUUGAUAUAUUGUCAUAUUGUCGACAUCAUUAUUUCUGUGUUGAUCAGAACUUUUUUUUGUAUUAUUUUAGCUUUUCUUUUUUCUUUUAUACAAAAACAAAUGUUGCCUGAUGAUCAAAUUUCCAUUUUCCAGGUAAUGGGCUAUUCUAUUUAGCUAACGAAACAUAAAUAUAUAAAAUCAUUAAUGGUAUUAAUGUUGAUAUUAUCAUUAACAUUAAUGUCAAUGUUCAUUUUAAUGUACUGUAUAUACGUAUCAUUUUGCAAAUUGCUAUUCUAUGGAGAUUUUAUUCCUAAACCUCAAUACACUAUGAAAGAUUUAAUUGCAAGCUGCUGUAUGAUUGGUGAACAGUUGCAAAGACACUGUAUUUGUAUUUUUCAAAUGAAGAUACCGUGCAAAUGUUCAUUUUUAUCACAUGAAGUAGCUCUAAAAAACGAUUAAGAACGCUAUAAUUCAUCAAGUACAUUUUGCUCGUAUUUUUCCCCAAGUGUGAGCUUAUCAAUUUUUUUCCAUUUAAUUAGCUUUCUCUGUAACAAUGUUGCUAAUGGCUUUGGGGGAAGGAAGCUAAUCUUUUAAUAAGUCAGAUAUUUCUUAUCUUUACUUAAACAGGUUGCCAGAGGUGGAUAUGAACAGCCUUUAGCCCCAACACCUUGUUACGAGACACUGAAGCUCUGAAAUAUAAUUACCCUUCCAAUCGAUGUGCGACAAGUGGAUGGAUGAGAAAAUAUCCUGUGAAGCCUUUUAUCAUCCUUGUCUGUCAGGAACCUACAUGGUGUUAAAGCCUCCUUAAUGUUCCACAGAACAUCUGCCACUACCAACUGGCCCAGUUGCAAUGGGUAAGUAGCUCAGUAAUGCAUCGUGUGAUCCAUGUGCUCAGACCUAGGCCUACUCCUAAAAAGCCAGCUACGCCUCCACUAAUGUGGCUUAAAACAGGUUCAUGCUGGCUUGUUUCCUCACUGACAGUUUUUUGCAGGUUAUCCAAGGACAAGGAGAGAACUUCCAUUUGUCCAUAAAAACUUUUCUUUUAGCGGGAAAUGAAACAUCAACGUUUUACAUCUGAUGCGAGCACACAUUCCCUUUCAUUAUUCAAUAUGUUAACCUCACGGUCACCAUUCAUUAAUAUGCUAGUAUUAGGCGGUCCUGCAGGAUAACUGCCGAGUCCUACACGCAUUUUUCUCUUAUGAAUUUCUACGACAUGAUUCUAUCAGUGAUUAGUAUUUUUUUCUCUGUUGUACCUGCCAAGAAGACAAAUUAACCAAGAAUAAAAUAUGAUGCAGUUAA